AUUUACUCUACAAUGGUGAGGAGUCCUCAUCAAAAUCAAAAAAUCUAAUUUCUUUUACAGGACCCAGAUGCUAUACAGUGGGAAAACCAGCCUGGCAACAUAGUGCGUAUUAAUAAAAGGACAUCACAUCCUGCCAAAUUCCAGCUGCGCUAAUUGUAUUGUGUUCACAGAGCUCACAAGCUAUCAGAAAGUUGUAUGGCAACCACCUUCCCAGCAAUCAGUACAACCAAGUCAUCGUUAUAAGGCAUCGCCCUCUUUUGCCCACCCCCCAAGCACCAGGUGUGGCCACUAGCCUAUAUGAAGGCCCAAAAUUGUGUGUUCCUUUCUGCUCUGACAAUGGCAUGCCCAUUCGUGCGAGAUGUGGUGGAUGAAGAAGCACUUGUGCUGAGGAGAGCCUUCAGGCGAGAAAGGGUCUUCAGGGACCGGUUGGACCCACUGGCCUUCCCUGAUGACCAUCUAUAUGAAAGAUACAGGUUUUCUGCAGAUGGCAUCAGGUAUCUAUGCAGACUACUGGGUCCCAGGAUUAAGCACCGCACUGCACGGAGCCAUGCACUGAGUGUGGAGCAAAUGGUUUGUGUGGCCUUGCGCUUUUUGCUAGUGGAGCCUUCCUGUACUCAGUGGGGGAUGCAGAACAGCUGAACAAGGCCACAAUUUGCCGCACAAUAAGGAGUGUGUGUCUGGCUAUCAAAGCAUUAGCAGAUGUCUUCAUCUCCUUCCCUGGCCACAGAAGACUCUGUGACAUCAAAGAGGAGUUCUAUAGGAUUGCAGAUGGUCUGCAAUGCUGACUGUGUGAUCAGCAAUGUUGUGGCAAAAUGGCCUGGCUCAGUCCAUGACUCCAGAAUCUUUCGGGCCUCUGAAAUCUAUCAGUGCCUAUCACAAGGUGAAUUCUCUGGUGUGUUGCUGGGAGACAGGGGGUAUGGCUGCCAGCCUUUUCUCCUGACACCUUUCACAGACCCCCAGGAAGCACAGCAGGCCUACAACCAUGCCCAUGCCAGGGCCAGAGUUGAAAUGACCUUUGGCCUCCUGAAGGCACGCUUUCACUGCCUUCACAAAUUAAGGGUCAGCCCUGUUAGGGCAUGUGAUAUUACUGUGGCUUGUGCUGUCCUCCACAAUGUGGCCUGCCUGAGGAAGGAGAGGGCCCCCAGAGUGCCACCAGCCAUGGACUGGGACAAUCCGGCAAUCUUCCCUGAUGACGACAGUGGUCGGCUGCUGAGGGACCAAUAUGUGUUGAAUUAUUUUAGUUAGUAUGUGUGCUUUCAAUUUUGGUUAAAUAUGUCCUGCGGUGGCAGAGGAAUUUG